AUGUGCAAUGCAGGCCCUCCGCCAUACUACGCGGUGUUCUUGAUCUCCGCGCAAUCGACCAAGGCGGCAUCACUGCACACCCUCGACUUCCCUUCCGUGUUCGACCUCGACAUUGACAUCGUCAACGCCAGGUGCAGCAACUCCUCUCGAGCCUCAGUCUCAAAAUGCAAGCGCAUCUUAUUCCAUCGUGUCGAUCGAGGCAAUCCUCCAUAUCCACGCCUUCCACAUGGUGUAUUGUCUGUCGCUUUCCGCAGUCUUGUCCGCACCUCCAAGCAGGAGUUUGCCAGUACCGAGGCAGCCACAACCGCCCGCCGCCGUGAUGCUGUUUCCCUCACCCUCAAGUGCACCACGAGAGAUGUUGUAUGAUGGCUUGGGUCAAGUUUGACUUUGAAAGCAU